UUAUAUACACGAUUAAUUAUAACUACUUUUGAGAGAUUUUCUCAUUUCGGAUUCUGAUACAUAUAUCUGAAUGCAUUAUCGCAACUAAUUUUUGAAAUAUUUUCUCAAUCGGAUUUACUGAUAACGUUUGAUUUCAAAUUUCUGGCUUCAAUAAAAGGAUAUUUUGAUGCUAUUUGAUGAUCGUUAGGCUUUCUGUGCUGUCUAUUCCCCGUCUGAAUAAGGAUUCUAUCAAUGGCAACCGUUACAGCUUCGCACUUUUUAUCAACAAGCUCACAUGUCAACAGUGGAGGAAGUUUGGGUUCAGAAACUAAAACAACCUUGGCCCAGAUUGGCCUAAAGAAUCAAACACACAGUGGGCUAAGAUGUUUUAACAAGGUGGAUAUGCUACAAGUGAGUGCCAAAGCAAAAGCAUCUUACAGGCAAGUUCAAAGAAAGUUGCCAAAAGCUGUGAUUGACAGGCCAUCAGGAGUCAUAGUAUGUGGUAGUGGGAUGAAGUUGGUGUAUGUCGGGGUUGAGAUGGGUCCAUGGAGCAAAACUGGUGGACUUGGUGAUGUUCUUGGUGGAUUGCCACCAGCCAUGGCAGCCAAUGGGCACCAAGUUAUGGUAGUGGCUCCACGCCACGAUCAAUACAAAGAUGCAUGGGAUACUAGCGUAUUUGUUGAGAUUAAACUUGGAGAUAGAAUUGAAACCGUGAGAUAUUUCCAUUGCUACAAACGUGGAGUUGAUCGUGUUUUUGUGGAUCAUCCAAUGUUCCUGGAGAAGGUGUGGGGAAAAACUGAAUCGAAGAUUUAUGGCCCUAAAACUGGAGAUGACUACAAAGACAACCAAUUUCGAUUUGCCUUGUUUUGCCUGGCUGCUCUUGAGGCUCCCAGGGUUCUGAAUUUGAGCAACAGUAAAUAUUUCUCUGGGCCAUAUGGGGAGGAUGUUAUCUUCGUUGCCAACGAUUGGCAUACAGCUCUUCUUCCUUGCUACCUAAAAUCCGUGUACCAAUCUAGGGGGAUCUACAAAAAUGCUAAGGUUGCUUUCUGCAUUCACAACAUUUCCUACCAAGGCAGAUUUCCCUUUUCAGACUUCUCGCUUCUCAGUCUGCCUGAUCAAUUUAAGAGCUCGUUUGAUUUUUUUGAUGGAUACGAGAAACCGAUUAAGGGAAGGAAAAUUAACUGGAUGAAAGCUGGAAUAUUAGAAUCUCACAGAGUCCUAACUGUGAGCCCACACUAUGCCCAAGAACUUGUUUCUGGCGAAGCAAAAGGUGUUGAAUUGGAUGGCAUCAUUCGUAAGGCCGGGAUAACUGGUAUUGUGAAUGGCAUGGAUGUCCAGGAAUGGAACCCUUCCACUGACAAGUACAUUGAUGUCAAAUAUGAUGCAACAACCGUUAUGGACGCGAAGCCUCUAUUGAAGGAAGCUCUUCAAGCGGAAGUUGGGUUGCCUGUCGACAGGAAUAUCCCCCUCAUUGGUUUCAUUGGUAGACUAGAAGAACAGAAAGGCUCAGAUAUUCUGGCAGCGGCCAUUCCUGAAUUUAUUGGAGAGAAUGUUCAGAUAAUAGUCCUUGGAACUGGGAAAAAGCAUAUGGAGAAGCAGCUUGAAAUGCUCGAGAUUAUGUAUCCUGAUAAGGCUAGAGGGGUGGCGAAAUUCAAUGUCCCCUUGGCCCACAUGAUUAUUGCUGCUUCUGAUUUUAUUUUGCUCCCGAGUAGAUUUGAACCUUGUGGUCUCAUUCAGUUGCACGCGAUGAGAUAUGGAACGGUGCCCAUUGUUGCAUCAACUGGUGGUCUGGUGGACACCGUCAAAGAUGGUUAUACUGGAUUCCAAAUGGGAGCUUUCAGCGUUGAUUGUGAAGCUAUCGACCCAGCUGAUGUAACUGCAAUAUCAACCACAGUCAGGAGAGCACUUGCAACCUGUGAUACCCCUGCCUUGACAGAGAUGAUCCAGAAUUGCAUGGCGCAAGAGCUCUCCUGGAAGCAACCCGCCAAGAACUGGGAGAAGGUGCUGUUGAGUUUGGACGUAGCUGGCAGUGAAGCUGGAAUGGAAGGGGAGGAGAUCGCUCCACUUUCGAAAGAAAACGUUGCCACUCCCUGAAGCCUGUAAUAUAUUCAGCUGGCUUCUACCUCGAGCUCUACAAGUACACCAACGUAUCAAGUGAAUUACCAUGACAUUUGGCAGUUGUCGUGAUCUGCAAAGACUACUGAUGGGAGAACUCUGGAUUUUUUUUUUGAAGAUGUGUUUUUUUGUGGGUGAAUGUUCUUGUAGGUGUGAGGUAUGGUACUACUGGUGGUAACUAACAAAUGCGGGCUUUGUUAUAAAGGACUAGGACAUAAUUUCCUUCAAUCAUUAUGUACAUAUAAAUAAAAUUCAUGAAGGCUUUUUAUUAGGAGCUUUAAUUCCUCUA